GGAUGUUUUUCCAUCGAUUCAUUUCAUCAUCUCUAUUGAGGUUGACUUGAGAGCCAUGAACAAAGUUUUUCUAGUUGGUUGAAAAACAACCAUCGUUGUCCGGCUCUCACUCUUGUGAGCUUCUUUUUCUUUCCUCUUUUUCGUUCUUACCCAUUUUUCAUUAUCGGCCUGUCCACUGACUGCUUCUCUUUUUGCUCCACAUGUACAUUAUGCAAAGACAAUCAUGUAUCAGUAAAUGUACAUUCCAGACCCUUUCUAAUUUUGACGAUCGUUGUUGUGUGAAUGUUCCCAUGUGUGCAGAGGCCCUGAUCAAUCCCAGUGCACGCACGGCCAAUUUCGGCUCAUUGGCUCCCAUACCUGAAGCAAUCGAGAUUGAGAUUGAGAUACCCACACUCUGGGGACCUGAGAAACCUAAAAAGACCAGGACUCCUGUAGAACCAACGGAGACUACAGGAACCAAGCCAAGGAAAACUCAGACCAUUACAGCAACUCCUACCGGCCGAUCUGUUCUUCCUCUUCCACCUUAUAAUACCCAAUCCACUAAUACUCCUACCAUUGCAACCAUCACAGUCCCCGCCUUUCCUUCUUUACCCACAGUUGUCAUUACGACAUCUCCCGACUCACUGUCCUCAGAUAUUCUACAGCCAAGCAUAACAAAUAUCUUGACUUCUGCACCCUUCACUACCACGGGGUUGGACACAGCACCAACGCUAAUACCGAAUGUCACCACCAGCGCUGCAUUUCCAAGUGUAUCAGACGGCAAAGUAUGGGCGCCUCGGACGACCAAUUCGCAGAGUCCGGCAGAUGUACUCUCCAGUAUCUCUUUGACAAUUUCACUUGAUCCUAAGCCUACUGAGAAAUCAACCACCAUAACCGUUACUACAACGGCACUUACCAUGAUCACGACCACAACAAUUACUGCGGUGCAGCCCUCCACCACAUCACAUUAUACCCGACGAACCAAAACCACAACUCCUUGGUUACCGAGCACAAUUGUUCCAGUCGUCCCUACUCAAACUAUUCCUAUCCCUUCACCAGGCACAUCUCUACCUGAGGUGGUGAUCCCUGAUCUCCAUCCUGAUAUCCCACCUAAUUCGAUCAAAGUCCAGUUGAGGCUUGAGCAUGUCUCUUACGCUCAAGUAAUCAAUAACGGUGUCCUGGCUGCACAAUUGGUCUCAUUUAUCCCAGCACAGCUAGGCGAAGUGCUGAGUGUGGAUCCGGGCUUGAUCCUUGUGCUAGCCAUUCGAGAUGGAUCCAUAGAGGGUCAAGGGACGUUGAAAAAGAUGAGGAAACGUGCAUUGGUGACGACCAAGAAUGUGGAGGAUGCUAUUCUGGUUACGGUGGCAAUUCCUCGAGCACAGUACUGGACGCUGAGUGAGUUGGUCAAGGAUAAGAAUAGUACACUUUAUACUCCUGACGGAGAUACUUUUGGGCAAUAUUUAGACCCCACAUUCCCCUUGAGCAGCCGGCCUCCACCAAAAGGAAACGGGGGAGAUAAGAAUGGAGGUGACAGUGGUGGCGAUGGCGGUAAUGGCAAUGGCAAGAACAGGGGCGACGACGAGGACAGCGGCUCUUCAGCUGAUCCAUUGACAGGGGCCUUGCCUGGUUCAGUAGUCAAUGAUAGUAGUAAUGGCAGCGAUAACAAAAGGCCUGCCAACAAAGGACCGUUGAUUGGAUCAAUUGUUGGAUUGGUAGCAUUAGCUUAUGUUGCCAUUGCAGUAGUUGUGGUCCGUAAGUAUAGGAAAAAGAAACAAAGACAAAUAGAGCGGGAGGCUCUUCAAAGGAGUAUUUCAUCCCCGAUCGAAAUGCAAGGCAGUUCGAAUGGAUGGGGAGGUUGGUACAGAUAG